UUGCCGGUUGUGGCUGAUGUACAGGGGCCUCAGGUUUGUCUCCUUAACAGCUGCUUAGUGUUUCCUGAGAUCUAUGUUGGCGUUCCAGCUCAGUCUACAGUAAAAAUAUUCAAUCAAGGGCGACUUCCAGCAUCUUUUUCAUGGGAAGAGCUGACUAGUACUCAUCCCGCAAUAUAUUCGGCCACAGUAUCUCCAUCAAGUGGUCUGUUAGGACCUAAUGAAGAGGCUGAUAUGUGUGUGACUCUGACACUUCAUACAUUGGAUGAACUGAAUGACAUUCCUUUGUGCUGCCGUGUAGAAGAUAUGAAGGAUCCUCUGGUUCUGAAUGUAAAAGCAAAAGCCCAAGGAUUGCAUGUCACCUACUCCCUUCCUGUUGAACAAGAGAGUUUUAAAGGUGCAGCUUCCUCAUCACCACAAGAACUCCUCCUAGAUUUUGGAUCAGAAGUAGUUCUGCAGAGCACAGUACAACGGACAUUAAUCCUCACAAAUCACACUGGUAUAUCUGCUCCAUUCUCUGUUCAGGCAGCGUACUUCUCUGGAUGUCCCCUUCCAAAAGUUUCAGUAAGCAAAAAUUCUACAGUGUCUGUCAUGCAAAGAAUGGCCAGGUUUGCAGAGCAAGCAGUCAAAAGAGCAGAAGCUGAUACAAGAUUGUUAAUACUGUCAGAUGGGAAAGGAGCUGCUUUUAUUGCUCAGCCAAGCUCAGGAAUACUUGGACCAUUCCAGCAGAUAUCCAUUGAUGUGACUGCUUAUAGUAAUAUGUGGGGAGAGUAUUCAGAUCAACUUGUCUGUACGGUUGGAGAUCUAAACCCUAAUGAGAUUCCUAUGAAAAUAAAUAUAAAGGGAUGUCCCCUCUACUUUCAAAUGGCAGGGCCAAGACAUAAUCGCCAGACAGAAGGUCCUGCAUUAAGGUUUGGUACACAUGUGUCUGGUGGAGACACCAUUUCUCGCUGUUUGCGUAUUAACAAUCCGAGUCCUUUUGAUAUCCGCCUAGAUUGGGAGACAUACAAUCGAGAAGAGGAUAGCUCCAAACUUGUAGACCUUGUGCUGUUGUAUGGAGACCCUUUCCCUCUGAAGGACAUAGAUGGAAAUGAUAUUGUGGAUUCCAGUCUGGAUAUUCCAGAAAGUGGCAGCUCAUCUCAGGACUGGGAUAAAAUCCCCAGUACAUCUGAGUCAUCGUUAUCAGUUUCUCAAAGAAGCCCCAGUACAAGAAACAAGAACUAUUUUAUAGAGAAAAGACAGAGUUUUAGCAUAGAUGCA